GGCGUUAGCAGCUGGGAAGGCCGCGGCCGGAAGCUAAGUCACUGAGCCGCACUCGCGCUUCAGCCCGCAAGAUGGAGCGUUUCCCUCCAGGGAAGCAGCGCCGCACCUAUGCACAGCCUCGACUCGGUGGAUGAUGCAGGACUCGGCCCAUUUCCCUGCCCUCCAGCUUUCUCAAAGUCAGCCCCGCCCCCUUAUCUUUCCUCCGCGAGUUUAGUUUCGCCCCGCCAAGUGGGCAGAGCGCCGAACGAUCGAUGCUUUCUUCAGUGCCCCGAGAGCCGCCAUUUUUGAGGGCGGGGGAAGAGAAACAAGCAUCCGCAGCAGAGGCUCAAUGGAAUGCUGACUGGGUUUUGCUUCUCGUCCCAGCCCUGUGGGGCCGGGGCAGAAGAACCCAUCAAAGCCCUUCCUCCGGCCGCCUCUCCGGAAUGAGAUCUCAGCACCCGCGUGGGACAGAAUCCUUCCUCCUGCGAGAGAGCCCAGGAAGAGGCCGAAACCGAGACCAUGCCUGGGAAGCUGAAGGUGAAAAUCGUGGCUGGGCGCCAUUUGCCAGUGAUGGACCGUGCUAGUGACCUGACUGAUGCCUUCGUGGAGGUAAAAUUUGGUAAUACCACCUUUAAAACAGAUGUGUACCUUAAGUCACUCAACCCUCAGUGGAACUCGGAGUGGUUUAAAUUUGAGGUGGAUGAUGAAGACUUACAAGAUGAACCUUUACAGAUCACAGUUCUUGACCAUGAUACUUACAGUGCAAAUGAUGCCAUUGGUAAAGUGUACAUUGAUAUUGAUCCUUUACUGUAUAGUGAAGCUGCAACAGUCAUCUCAGGAUGGUUUCCAAUUUAUGACACCAUACAUGGUAUCCGUGGGGAAAUCAAUGUAGUUGUCAAAGUAGACCUCUUCAAUGAUUUAAAUCGAUUUAGGCAGUCAUCGUGUGGAGUCAAAUUCUUUUGCACAACAUCUAUUCCAAAGUGCUAUAGAGCUGUGAUAAUUCAUGGAUUUGUAGAAGAACUUGUGGUCAAUGAAGACCCAGAAUAUCAGUGGAUUGAUCGAAUUCGCACACCAAGGGCAUCAAAUGAGGCCAGACAGAGACUCAUUUCGUUAAUGUCAGGUGAACUGCAGAGGAAGAUUGGCUUGAAAGUACUUGAAAUGAGAGGAAAUGCAGUUGUGGGGUAUUUACAGUGUUUCGAUCUGGAGGGCGAGUCUGGGUUAGUGGUGAGAGCCAUAGGAACGGCGUGUACUCUGGAUAAAUUAAGUAGCCCAGCAGCAUUCCUUCCUGCAUGUAAUUCCCCAUCCAAAGAAAUGAAGGAGAUUCCCUUCAAUGAAGAUCCCAAUCCCAAUACUCACUCAUCAGGACCCUCAACCCCUCUGAAAAACCAAACCUAUUCCUUUUCACCUUCCAAGUCCUACAGUCGACAGUCCUCUUCUUCUGACACAGAUUUGAGUUUGACACCCAAAACUGGAAUGGGAAGUGGUAGUGCUGGAAAAGAAGGGGGGCCCUUUAAAGCUCUUUUAAGACAACAGACUCAAUCAGCGUUGGAACAGAGGGAAUUUCCAUUUUUUACCUUGACGGCAUUUCCUCCUGGAUUCCUUGUACACGUUGGGGGUGUAGUUAGUGCACGUUCUGUGAAGCUUUUGGAUCGUAUCCACAAUCCUGAUGAACCAGAAACUCGAGAUGCAUGGUGGGCAGAAAUCAGACAAGAAAUAAAAUCACAUGCUAAAGCAUUAGGCUGUCAUGCUGUAGUGGGCUACAGUGAAUCAACUAGCAUCUGUGAAGAGGUCUGCAUUUUAUCUGCAUCUGGUACAGCGGCUGUACUGAAUCCUAGAUUUCUGCAGGAUGGCACCGUGGAAGGCUGUUUGGAACAGAGGCUUGAAGAAAAUUUGUCUACACGUUGUGGGUUUUGCCAUAUACCAUAUGAUGAACUGAAUAUGCCAUUUCCAGCUCAUCUCACAUAUUGCUAUAACUGCAGGAAACAAAAAGUUCCUGAUGUUCUGUUUACAACUAUAGACCUCCCAACAGAUGCAACAGUUAUUGGAAAAGGUUGUCUUAUUCAAGCAAGGUUAUGUCGCUUAAAAAAGAAAGCACAGGCAGAAGCAAAUGCUACAGCUAUCAGUAAUCUGUUGCCAUUUAUGGAAUAUGAAGUGCAUACUCAGCUAAUGAAUAAACUAAAACUCAAAGGAAUGAAUGCUUUGUUUGGACUAAGAAUUCAGAUCACAGUGGGUGAAAAUAUGUUGAUGGGCUUAGCGUCUGCCACAGGUGUAUAUUUAGCAGCUUUACCAACUCCUGGUGGUAUUCAGAUUGCUGGGAAGACUCCUAAUGAUGGCUCAUAUGAACAACACAUCUCUCAUAUGCAGAAGAAGAUAAAUGACACAAUUGCUAAAAACAAAGAGUUAUAUGAAAUCAAUCCUCCAGAGAUAUCUGAAGAGAUUGUAGGAUCACCUAUCCCAGAACCUAGGCAACGCUCAAGACUUCUAAGAUCUCAAUCAGAAAGCUCGGAUGAAGUUACAGAAUUAGACCUUUCACAUGGGAAAAAAGAUGCUUUUGUUUUGGAGAUUGAUGACACAGAUACCAUGGAAGAUGUCCAUUCUCUACUUACUGAUGUUCCUCCUCCUUCAGGCUUUUAUAGUUGUAAUACAGAAAUUAUGCCCGGUAUAAAUAAUUGGACAUCUGAAAUACAGAUGUUCACUUCAGUAAGAGUAAUCAGAUUAAGCAGCCUCAACCUGACUAAUCAAGCUCUCAAUAAGAACUUUAAUGAUCUCUGUGAAAAUUUGCUCAAGAGCCUGUACUUUAAACUACGAUCUAUGAUCCCCUGCUGCCUUUGCCAUGUAAAUUUUACAGUAUCUCUGCCUGAAGAUGAAUUAAUUCAGGUUACAGUCACGGCAGUUGCAAUAACUUUUGACAAAAAUCAGGCUUUACAAACCACAAAAACCCCUGUUGAAAAGUCGUUGCAAAGAGCCUCUACAGAUAAUGAAGAACUUUUACAGUUUCCACUGGAACUGUGUUCAGAUUCGCUUCCUUCUCAUCCUUUUCCACCAGUUAAAGAACACCUGGAGAGUGCAAGUUCUAACUCAGGUAUACCAGCUGCACAGAGAGCAACGUCAGUUGAUUACAGUUCCUUUGCAGACAGAUGCAGCAGCUGGAUAGAGCUCAUUAAACUGAAAGCUCAGACCAUAAGGCGUGGAUCAAUUAAGACAACCGUGACAGUUGAAAAAGCAAGUCCAGUGGGUGAUGGAAAUUUCCGGAAUCGUUCUGCUCCACCUUGUGCAAAUUCCACAGUUGGGGUUGUUAAGAUGACACCUCUUUCUUUUAUUCCUGGAGCAAAAAUAACUAAGUAUCUUGGGAUAAUUAACAUGUUUUUUAUUCGAGAGACUACUUCUCUUCGGGAGGAAGGAGGAGUCAGUGGUUUUCUCCAUGCUUUUAUUGCUGAAGUGUUUGCAAUGGUGAGAGCUCAUGUUGCUGCGUUAGGAGGGAAUGCUGUUGUCUCCUACAUAAUGAAGCAGUGUGUCUUCAUGGAGAAUCCAAAUAAAAACCAGGCACAGUGUCUUAUAAAUGUAAGUGGUGAUGCAGUGGUUUUUGUUCGUGAAUCUGACUUAGAAGUGGUGUCAUCUCAGCAACCUACUACCAACUGCCAGUCAUCAUGUACUGAAGGCGAAGUUACAACCUGAAGAAAAUUAGGAAAAAAGACUUCAACUAAAUGAAAUUCAUCAAUCAACGUUAUUUUGUCAUUAAUUAUCUUCUUAGACUUAAAAGUGAGCUUGAGAUAAAUAAGGAAGAAUUGAGUAGAUUUGAUUUGCCUGGAGUCUUUUGGAGACAAGAGAAUUUUCUAAUCUUGACAUUUCGUUUGCCUGUUCUAGACAGGCCCUGUGGGAUCUUGACCCUUCAGUAAGUUAAGAUAAAUUUUUAAAAGAACUGUAGCAAAGAUGGAACCUUUGUAAUUUAUGUUGAUUUUAAUAAAAUCAUAAUUUAAAAAGUGAAAUGGGAAGAUUGUCAGGAAAUUAGGAUAGCUACUGUAGUGUAAUUUAGAAAAACUAAGCAAGAGAUUCUCCAAUUGUUAGUGAGUAAGCAGUCUGAUAUGAGAAAUGUGUGGGGACAACGGAGAAAAGUUUUCAGAAAACUACCAUGUAGAUUUCUGAAUGUGUUUUAUUUUGAUGAGGAAUUUGGUAACAACUGAAAGGGAAAAGUACUUCAGCCAUCUUUUGAAAACAAGUUAAAAUUCUGGAACUUGUGUCUGUAAUACAUCCUAACUCCUAUAAAAGAAAAUAAUCUGUCAUAGCUGGUGUCCUUUCACUGAAAGUUUUAAUACUGUCUCUAAGGAGGGAGGAAAAGAUUAUUAUAUAAUUUUAUAACUGACAAUAUUUGAGUUAGUAUUGAAUUUGUCUAAAAGUGGCUUGACUUCAACUAGGAUGAAAAUGUCAGUGAAUUUUGUUGAAGUAGUAAAAAUACAGGUGACUUAGUAGGAACAUAAAAUUAUUUUCUAAUCAGAUAAUAUUGCACUCCUACCAAAUAAACAGGAUUUUAGUAAUAUCUGAGGGAUUUUUGAUGGUGAGUUAGACUGUAUUUGGCAUAGAAUUUGGAAAUGUAACUUGAAUGUAAAUAUGCUGCAAAUUGUUGAAUGUAUACAUAGAAAGACUUCUUCUGUCAAUGCCAAAUACCUGUUGUAAAUGAACCUUAAAUAUUACAUUCCUCCUUUGCACAAUAAUAUUUCUUUAUAACACUUAACGAUUUUUCCUCCCAGGACAACAAACUGCCCUUAAGAGUCAUUUCCUUGUUAUCACAGGUGUCAAUAUUUUUCUGUAUUUUGUUUAUAAUUUUAUUUUUUAAAUAAAAACUUUAUAAAAAUAAACUGGAA